AUUCGUUUUCGGGGCCUUGUCCCGUGAAACAUCUUCGGCUGGGGAGUCAGUUGGUUGUUCUCAUCUCGUGUUUGAACAUGGUGAGGACUAAAGCAGGCAGUGUCGCUGGCACGUACAGAAAAGUGGUGGCUUCUCGAGCCCCCAGGAAGGUGCUUGGUUCCUCCACCUCCGCCGCUAAUUCCACGCCGCUUUCGUCAAGGAAAGCUGAAAAUAAGUAUGCAGGAGGGAAUCCAGUUUGUGUGCGCCCAACUCCCAAGUGGCAAAAAGGAAUCGGAGAAUUCUUCAGGCUGUCCCCUAAAGAUUCAGAAAAGGAGAAUAGGAUUCCUGAGGAGGCAGGAAGCAGUGGCUUGGGAAAAGCAAAGAGAAAGUCAUGUCCUUUGCCACCUGAUCAUACAGAUGAAAAAGAAUAGAAAUUACUUAUUCACCCUUGACUGAUGUCUCCUGUUUACUCUGGUAUUCUAGGAUGUAAAUUUGCAUAAAUAUAUUUGUUCCAAUUAGCUUUGUUGAAUAAGCAUUUAAUUUAAAAAAUGAGGCUUACAUUUAGUUAUUCAAAAGCAAGUAGUUAUGAUAUUGGAAAGUUUAUAAGAUUAAUUAUGGUUACUUAACUUAGUAUUCAGUAUAAUGCAGUAUUCGGUUUCUUUUACCUGUUAAGCUUUUUCUUGCUAAAAUUAUUGCAUGGUGUUCUACUUAUGAAUCUGCUGUUUUUGAGAUUUGCUUAGAAUUUUGUACUGUUGCCAUUUUUAUUGGCAUUUGAUUAUUGGAGUGAUGCCAUAUUUUUGUUCCUUUUAUUUGCUUUAAAAAGCAGAGGUAGAUUUUUGCACAUUAAAAAAUUCAGUAUUAAUUAAACUGAACCCAUACCCUUUUUAAGAAACGGGGCCAAAAAUGGAAUGUUGAAAAAAUUUGGAUGGCCGUCUACCUUCUUCUUAGAAAAAUUUAAGGGCAGUUUUGUCUUAAGGAUUUAAAGGGUUGAUGAAGCUUCUAAAAACAACAACAAAAAGAUAAAAUACUCGCAUAGAAUUGGGCAGGAAAAUUCCAUAGACUACAUUAAAAGAGAGGAAUUUUCCUAGAAUAUGCAAUUGGCUUAGUGUCAUAAAAUAUUACUCUUUGGGCCUAUACUUUUCAAGUUGGAAAUCAAUAAAAUAUGAAAGGCAAAUCAUGCCAUAAGCCCAGAACUAUGUCUAAAGUCCUUAGAGCUACUAUUAUAUUUUUCAAGAUAGUCAGGGGUAUAAUUGAAGAGGUGGGUAUAAUAGUAUUUUAACUGAUAUUCUUGCUUCCUCAUCAGGCUUUUUGCUCACUGACAACCUGUUAUCAAAACUAACCAUGUUUAACAGGAAUGCUUUCCUGAAGUUUGUUUUUAAUAAAUGAAUACUCAUUGUCACAAUACUAUCCAUAUGUGUGCUUUCUAAGAUUAUAUCCUACUAGGUAUUUCUAUUUUAUUCCUUCCAAAUGCAAAUCACU